AGUAAAGGGAGUAUAGGGAACCACCAACCAUUCAUUUAUUACAAAUCUAUUCCUUCCUUCAACCCUUAACAAAUAAAUAAUUUUUCCCCUGUUUUUCUGAACGAUCCCAGGAAUAUGUAAUUUCCAAGGAGUAUGGAUUAACUUGGAACAGGAAUCGACCCGUUCCGCCUCAUUAUAUGAUUUGAUUCAUUUUUUGUGAACCGGUACACCAUUUUGAAUUAAAGAAAAUUAAAUUUUUGUGCAAAAUUUUUAUCUAGACUAUUUCUAUCAGACCGUCAAUAAAACAUGUAUUAACCAUUUAAUGCUUGGAUUUGACGGAACGGGUCGAUUCCUGCUCCAUGAUAUUAUAUACUCCUUGGAUGGGACGGAACGGGUCAUUUCCUGCUCCCUGGUAUUCUAUACUCCGUGGUAUUUCCUAAAUUUAAUUUAUUGUUUACAGUUUAUAUAUAGGAUGGUUCACUACCCAGUUGGUCAACGUCCUUAGAAUGGAAACAUUGAGGUUUCUGGCGUUACUGCUUUAUGUAGCGGUCAGUUUAUCCAAUCCAACCUUCUUCUCCUAUACAGGCGGUCAACCUGGGCCAUCUUCCAGAUUUAUCCAUUUCACGAGAAAUCUUGGAUCAGAAAAUACAGAUUUUCAACCUUUAUUCGGUUCACUUCAGGUCCGGGAUCCUGGUUUAUAUUUUCUCAGUUUCAGUCUUCAAUCAUCUUCUGAUCUAACUGCAGUACUUUACCAUUAUCCUACACAGAUUAUUAAAAGACAGGGAAGAGAAAAUGAUAACAGGGUUGCCGUCACAGGGUGUUCAGUCAAAUCUACUGCAUCAUGUACAGGAGGUGCAUUGGUUCAACUCAGUCUAGGAGAUGUACUCAGAUUAGAGAUAGAGAAAGGUUUGGUUGAUACGGAUACAUCGAGAGGUUUCAAUUCAUUCUCCGGGUUCAAGAUUGAACAGGACGGAUGUUUUCAAUCUCCGACUGGAAUCCCGUCCUACUCCGAUCCGUUCAGUAGACCUCCAAUAUCUAGUAGACCUCCAAUAUCUAGUAGACCUCCAAUAUCCAGUAGGCCUCCAACAUUUGUCCAGCCCCCGGCCCCUCCACCAGGGGCCAGAGAACCAACAGACAGCUACGGUGCUCCAUACUCUCCUCCAAUAAGUUACAACCCUCAUCCUUCGGAUAGAGUUCCUAAGUACGAAGACUCCUACGGAGCCCCCCUGGCUCCCCCCAUAGAUUACGGAUCCUUUACUGUAUCAGGAUCCUAUCCUGUCUCCGACUCCUAUGGUUCUCCUAUAGCUCCCACUACUCCCCCCUCCUUCUAUCCCCCGAGCCCCGAGAUAUUUGAUAACUCUGCUCCAAGCUGGGAUAAUCCAGUGUUAGAAGCUAAAUCUCCGACCUCAAACACACCUUACAAGCCACCCUUCUUGUCAACUACACAAACUCCUAUUGUUUUCCCUACAUCCUCCCCCUCCCCCCGGCUCAACCCCUAUCCUCAACCCAACUCGGAGCUAGGCUCCUGUUGUGCUGUGCUCCGGGUCAGGCUAGAGGGAGAAUGUUUGACCCAUCAGCCCGGCAAGACUGGAGAAUAUCUACGCUUUGGAACCUGGAAGAGCUCUCCUGUGUAUAAACAGGAGACCGGAGAUAACUAUGUAUUCUGGGAGGACGGAGAGAACUGGAGUGGAUGGAUUAUUGGUUCUAAUAUUGGUGUUCUGAGGGGUGGUAUUGCAGGGGGGAAAUGUGAGAAAGGAUGUCCAAAUGUUCAGGAGAACUGGAGAUAUUAUAACUCACAACAGGAAGGGUUUAUUACUGAUACUAAUAUAAGGAUUGAGUGUGCAGAAGAUAGAGGGAGGAGCUUGCACUACCACACACAUUAUCACACAGCUAGCUCAACCCUAGACAAGGACCACACCCCCUACCACAACCCUGGCUCAGCCUUAGACAAGAAGAUUACUAGUCCGUCCUACACUGUAACCGGAGACGGAAAUGUCAUUGAAGCAAGGUUUGUUUUUCCAGCUAAUACUGGUACAACAGCAGAUAAACUGGAUUCUAGCAACUUUAUCAUCUCCCGCCAGUAAACCAGUUUCCACCAGCUAAACCU